AACGAAGAAGAAGAAGACCCGGAAGCAUAAAGACCUCACGUGUCGUUGUGGGAAACAUGUCUACCGGCGUCCCGACGAAGAGACCAAAAACAUCAUACUCUCAGCCGGAGGAAAGGGUGGACUGGAAGAAAAGGAAAACGCUACUCAGGGAGGCCAAAAGGCAGAGGAAAGAGGCCAAGCUGAUCAAACAGCUGGAAAAUCAGAAACAACAAGAGGCUGCUGAGAAGGAAAAAGUAGAGGAGACCCACAACAACAAAGGUCGAGCGUACACGGUGAGCGUGGCUCUGCCGGGCUCGGUCCUGGACAACGCUCAGUCGACCGAACUGCGCACAUACCUGGCGGGACAGAUCGCUCGCGCCUGUGUCAUCUACUGCGUGGAUGAGAUUGUCGUGUUUGACGAGCAAGGCGAAGAUGUCAAGAGCGUGGAAGGUGAAUUCAAAGGAAUCAGAAAGAAGGGACAAGCGUGCGUUCAGCUGGCCAGAAUACUCCAAUACCUGGAGUGUCCCCAGUAUCUGCGCAAAUGGUUCUUCCCAAAGCACCAAGACUUGCAGUAUGCAGGACUGCUGAACCCUUUGGACAGUCCCCACCACAUGAGAAUCGAUGAGGAAUCGGAAUACCGUGAAGGCAUCGUCCUGGAUAGGCCCACCAAAGCGGGCAAAGGUUCUUUAGUCAACUGUGGCAUGAGGAAGGAGGUGCAGAUCGACAAACAUCUGCAAGCGGGAUUGCGAGUCACUGUGCAUCUCAACACGACGCAGAAGCAAGAGAGCAAAUCCUACAAAGGGGUGGUGGUGGCUCCUCACGUGCCCACCACGAAAGGAGGGCUUUACUGGGGCUACAGCGUCCGCCUGGCAUCCUGUCUCAGCGCAGUGUUCACCGAAAGUCCGUACAAGGACGGCUACGACGUGACCGUCGGGACGUCGGAAAAAGGCAGCAGCGUUGACGAGGCCUCGCUGCCGCCGUUCAAGCAUCUUCUGGUGGUCUUUGGAGGUCUCCAGGGACUGGAGGCCAGUCUAGACGCCGACCAGAACCUGGACGUGACGUGUCCCAGUGUCCUCUUUGACCUCUACCUCAACACUUGUCCUGCCCAGGGCAGCCGCACCAUUCGCACAGAGGAAGCCAUUUUGAUCUCCAUGGCGACGCUGAGGCAGAAGAUAGCAGCCACCUUUUCCAGUGCUUAAAAGGUGUUGCCGGUCCUUUUUUAUUUUUUUUCCAUGUAAUUACAUUAUCAAUAUUUGCAUUCCCCAUUACGUGUUUAUUGACAGAAACCUUCCGUGGGACCUGUUUUUCAGUGUCUAUGAAAUGAACAGUGUAGAGCAGAGCGAGGCAAACUCUUGUGGUCAAUUUUUGAUUCAGCCCAUGCACUAGUAAGCUCUUUUUCCUCA